AUGCACGGCCUUCUUGCUUCGCUCUCGCUCAUGGCGUCUGCCGCCGCUGGCGUCCUGGCUGCCGACCUGAAGAUUGACGUUACGCUACCGGUUGAAUGUGACCGCCGUACGCAAGCCAACGACAAGAUUUAUGUCCACUACCGGGGGACGCUGCAGUCAAAUGGCAACAAGUUUGAUGCCAGCUACGACAGAGGCACGCCGUUCUCCUUCGUUUUGGGCCAAGGACAGGUGAUUAAGGGGUAUGAUAACCUGCCCAGCACACAUACGGACGGGGUAUCCCAUCCUCUCCUCUAUACUCACGCCCACGUUGCUAACCUCUGGCACGUCGUGUCUCUCCCUCAGCUGGGAGCAAGGUCUUCUCGACAUGUGCAUCGGCGAGAAGCGGUAACACCCUCACUCAACCCCCCAGCUUUGAGACUUUGUCUCCUCCCGAAAACACUCACUGUCCCACCCGAAUAUGGCUACGGCCAGCGUGGCAUUGGCCCCAUCCCUGCCGGCUCUACUCUGGUCUUUGAAACCGAGCUGAUCGGCAUCGAGGGUGUUCCUAAGCCUGAAUCGAUCGUUACGAAGGCGGCCACCGGUGACCCUUCCGCGGACUCGAGCGCCAGCACUGAAGCCGAAGCCGAGGCCGAAACGCCAAAUGUCGCGGAAAAGAUUGCCAGCAAAGUUGCAGAGGCGGCCGAUGUCGUGAAGACGAUUGUCGCCGACACCGACGACAGCCAGGAGCACAACGAGCUGUAG